GUGUACAUAUUCUGCUCCAGUGAUCUCACAUCAUCUGAGUUACCAGAAUGAAGUCAGUGUUUCUCCAGGUUUUCAUUGUAUUACUUUUUACUACUUAUGAAACAGAGACUGCAGAGGGCAGUUCAAAAGAAUUGGAUGAUCUGCUAAAUAAACUCUCAGAGCUUGAAACAGAACUUGAUUCCAGUAAUGUUCUGAGUAAGUCUUUGGAUUCAAAUGAUUUGGAUGAAGCUGAUGGAAAGCAAAAAAGAGAACUGGAUACCAAGAAUAGUAACUCUGUGGAUUCAUAUGAUUUGGAAGAAAGUGAUGAAGAACAAAAUAGAGAACUAGAUGCCCUGAAUGACAAAGAAGAAAGUGAUGAAGAAGAGAAGAGAGAACUGGAUGCCCUGAAUGACAAAGAAGAAAGUGAUGAAGAAGAGAAGAGAGAACUGGGUAAGUGCCUCAUUGCAAAGUUAGUUGUAGAAAGGAAAGAGAAAUGA